GACAUUCGAUACAUGAACCUUUUUACUGUGAAAAUGUAAAUCUGAAUUGAAACUUACCCAUUGUUUGAUAAAUUCAGAUAGCAAUCACAGAUGAGAAAGUGAAUAAUUUUUCCGACAGCAAAAUCUUUUGUCAAUCUAAUCACAAUCGGCCUUAAAUGGAAUGAGAAUGAGACUCUAAUUCAUUUUGAUUUAAAAUCAUUAACUGAUCACAAACCCACAAGGUAUUGAAAGGCUUGAAACAAGUUGAAGCUUUUUGUAUUUAUCACAAUUUAUUUAUUAAAAAGUGAAAAUGUUUUAUUUAUUGUUUACAUUAGUGUCAAUUUUCGGGUCCAUUGAAGGUUUAAGUCUCAUGGAUUUUAUUAUGGAAGUGCCACAAGAAAAUGUGCUUUUCCGUGCAACAUUAACUAACGCGUUAACCCUUGAACAAUGGCAAAUAACUGAGCAACUUGCAGCCAAAUCAAAAGUUCAUGGUAAAAUCUCAUUAACAUCUGCAAAUUCCCCCAAAAUUGACAUUUUUUACGAUAAAGAUCACGAGGGCCAUCGGAUUAUUAUCGCUGAAAAUCGUUGCACAAUAUCUACUUUGGGUAUCACCAGAUGGAGUGGUGUGUUACCAGGAGUCUAUGACGACUUGGUAGACAUGAUUUUAACGCUUGGUCCAUCUUUAAUUUAUCGUUUUGAUACAUUUGCAUUUAAAUGGGAAGAAGAGUCGAGGGAGGAAAUUAGAGGGAUAGAAGUACAAAGCUUUUCAGCCACAAUUGGACCCAAUUUGAGAAUAAUUUUCUUCUUCAAAACCGGGAUUGACUUAGAAUCUGGUUUACUUCAGCCAGUUCGUGUUGUUUUUGAAGAUUCAAAAACUGGUUCGAAAGUAACCUCAAAAGUUAUCCUUGACAUUUAUUCAUUGACUUAUACCGACACUAAACUUGAUGAAUUGGUUGAGAUAACUCCUGGUAUUGGUUGCCAACUUUAUUUUCAAUCGAAUCGGCCAGUUCCUAAUUUAAAAUCGUCUGGACAUCAAAUUUAUGUAUCCAUAACUGAAACAACUUACGACUCAAACUCAAGUUUUCAAGGAUCGCCAAAGGAGAAUAAAAUUGAAGUUUAUGUUGAUACGGAGUUGGAUGUUUUACGUGUUAAUAACCAUGUUUAUGGUUCACCUCCAACUGAGACUUUAUACGAUUAUGAUCUCGGUAUUGGUUACUAUUUUGAUAGUAAACUUGGCUCCUGUCAAUCAACCCACCUUGACGUUAAUACACCAGGAAUAACUAGUACAGGAUCAUUUACUUUGAAUGAAAUUUUCUGGUUCCAAUUAGUUGGUCGAUAUCUUGGAAAUGUCUACAUGCCCAAUGAAUGGCCAUUCACUGUUGACUGUUGGGAAUCAACUCAGUAUAACCGAAUGGUUUCUCAAACAAACAUGGACAAAGUUGUCACAACUCAUUAUUUUGCGACUCCGGCUGACUCGCUUGGGAUGAGGAGCCAUGUAGAUCAUUCAAUACCGAUUGCUGCUGUAAAAAAUUACUACAAAAAAGAUGAGACGAAUAAAUUUGUUCUACUGAUGUCAAAAAGAAGAGAUUUCCAUGACUUCAGAGUGAAUAUACCAGAGGAACAAUAUCAAGGCCUGUUUCAAAUCAAAGAUUGUAUCAAAGAUUGCAAAGAUCGUAAAACUUUAGCCCUACGUAUUAAGCCUAAUGAAGGUGUAGAUGGCCUGAAAUAUGCUGAAAGAAAUGUUAACCAAUUAAGAGAAUCAAUCAAAAAGCUUUUAACCAGUGAAAUGAAUUUAUCGCCGUUGCGAAUAGUAGAUAUUGAUAUUUUGUUUGGUGAGGAUAAUAUUGUAACGGCCAUGGUUGACAUCAGUGAUAAACCAAAGCUUGAAGAUUCAUUUGAGAAAACCAACGCUAAUCUUGAUAUAGAUUUCUUGGUUCGGGAAAACUAUCCUUUCAAGAGUGCAAAUGCGGCAGAAUGUUUGGAAAUAGUAUCAUCUAAUACUGAGAUCAAGGCUGUUGUUUACUGUGAUAAAUUACAGGCAUGCAUUGGAAUCAAAGAUAUUUCCAUUUUGAAUAAUGAAGUUCACAAGUCAUCAACGGAUUCAUGUACCAUCUUUCAUAUUCCCUUUAGCAAUUUACUUCAUUUAAAAAGACAGAUUUCACCGAAACAAGUUUAUGAAACAUUAUUGGACAAAUAUACUUAUUUAAAUAUCGAAUUGGCAGAUCAAAAUGGAACCGUUUCAACGCGAUUUUCCUACAGUUUUCAAGAGAUCAAGGAUGUAACAAUGGACACAAUAGAAACAGCCAAUAGACAAUCAUUUUCAAUUGUUAAGGAAGGUGCAAUGUUAAAUAGACAAAAUCCUAACAGUUUGGUUAUUCCAGUUAAAGCUAACAGUUUUAGUGAAUGUUAUCGAGCCUGUGAAACUUCAGAUCAACUUGAUUGUGCUCUAUUCUCAUACUGUUACUCAAGCAGCUCUGCUGAGUGCUUAGUGGCAGCUGAUUUGAAUAUAACCUCCGAUGAAGCUUUAGUAAUUACUGCUGAUAAAUAUUGUACAGUUAAUCGACGAAAUUUGCUUUUUAAUUACAAGAAAAUAUCUUCAAGGAAAUUUGCAAAUUUAAAUGUUCUUGGACAGUUCAAGUCAAAUGUUGAAGAUUGUGCCAGUCAAUGCUUUUCAUCUGCUGAUUGCCAUUCAUUUCAAUAUUGUAACAAUCAGUUAUGUUACUCUGUCAGUAGUCGAAAUCAAAUUAAGUCAAACGUUUCUACAGACUGUGAUAUCUAUAUUCCUUCAAUUUCACACCAAUUUAAAUUGACUGGAUCUCAAUUGGUUGGAAAGGUUGCCCACACCGAGAUAGAUUUAACCUUAGAUCAGUGUGCAUCAUUUUGUGCUCACUGGGACUCAAUUGAUGAGGGCUCAUCCACACCAAUUAAGUGUAAAUCAAUCAAUUUUUGCUCGCACGGUGAAAAAAAUGUGUGUCAACUCACUGGAUACACCAUUCAAGAUGCAAAUGCUCAAUUAACUCAGACGAAUGGUUGUUUAAAUUAUGAAAGAAUAGAGUUGAACAAUAACGGUAAACAGUCAAAUGAUAAAGCCUCAUCAAAUGGAGCUUCAUCUAUUGGUUUGAUCUUCUUAUUUCUAGUCAUUGGAUUGUCGUUUGGAUUGGUUUCACCUUUUGUACUCAACAAGUUAAAACGCAAAUAUGGUUCAAAUUCAGUACCUUUACAAAGGUUUCUUUAAAUUUAAAUUAUUGAUUAAACAAUACCCUAGGCUUACACCUUUAAAA